AUGCUUUUAUCUUCUUGCAAAUCAAACUGGCAUCUUUGCUGUACUGAAAUCUACAUCCGGGAGAGGAAAAAAAAAAAAAAAAAAAUGGACGUCAUGAAGUAUUCCUAUAUGAAUUGUAGGUGGAUUUUAUCCACAUCCUUUCAAUGUGCGGUCAUUCUUUUCUGCAUUAAUGUUCAUAUGGAAUCUGCAUCCUCAGCUCCCAGUUAUGGAAAUGAAUCUGAUCGUCUAGCUUUACUAGACUUUAAGAAUAAGAUAAUUCAAGAUCCUCUCGGAAUCAUGCACUCCUGGAACCAUUCCAUCCAUUUUUGCAACUGGGUUGGCAUUACAUGCAACCAAUCAAGCCAACGAGUCUUGGUUUUGAACCUGGCGUCUCUAAAGCUGGCUGGUUCAAUCCCACCUUCAAUUGGAAAUCUCACUCACCUUACAGGAAUCAACCUGGAAAACAACAGCUUCCACGGAGAAAUUCCUCAAGAAAUGGGUCAUCUUCUGCAACUUCGACAUCUUAACUUGAUGAACAAUUCAUUUGUUGGAAAGAUUCCAACGAACAUGACGCAUUGCAAGGAGCUAAGUGUUUUUCGUGUAUAUGGCAACAGGCUUAUUGGGUCAAUUCCAGUCCAGUUGAGUUCAUUGUCAACACUGGUGUACUUCGAUCUUGGCAACAACAAUCUUACUGGAAUUGUACCAGCUUGGAUAGGAAAUUUGACUUCUCUGUACGCAUUUUCAGUUGCGUGGAACAAUUUUUAA